AUGGGACAACCGCAUCCAAUACAACCUCACCCCAUCCAACCUCUCCUCACCCCAUCCAACCUCUCCUCACCCCAUCCAACCUCACCCCAUCCAACCUCUCCUCACCCCAUCCAACCUCACCCAAUCCAACCUCUCCUCACCCCAUCCAACCUCUCCUCACCCCAUCCAACCUCACCCCAUCCAACCUCACCCCAUCCAACCUCACCCAAUCCAACUUCAACCAAUCCAACCCUAUCCCUCCCAUCCAACCUCACCCCAGACAACUGCAUCCAAUACAACCUCACCCCAUCCAACAUCACUCUAUCCAAUCCAAUCCCAUCCCACUUCACCCCAUCCCCAUCCAUCCUCACCCCAUCCAACCUCUCACCCCAUCCAACCUCCAUCCAGCCUCACCCCAUCCAGCCUCUCCUCACCCAAUCCAACCUCACCCCAUCCAACCUCUCCUCACCCCAUCCAACCUCACCCCCAUCCAACUUCUCCUCACCCCAUCCAACCACUCUCCAAUCCCAAUCCAACUUCACCCCAUCCAACCAUCCUAUCCAGCCUCUCCUCACCCCAUCCAACCUCACCCCAUCCAACCUCUCCUCACCCCAUCCAACCUCACCCCAUCCAACCUCACCCAAUCCAACUUCAACCAAUCCAACCCUUAUCCCUCCCAUCCAACCUCACCCCAGACAACUGCAUCAAUACAACCUCACCCCAUCCAACAUUACUCUAUCCAAUCCAAUCCCAUCCAACUUCUCCUCACCCCAUCCAAUCCAUCCUCACCCCAUCCAUCCUCCUCACCCAAUCCAACCUCACCCAAUCCAACCUCCUCACCACAUCCAACCUCAUCCUCAUCCAACCCUCAUCCACAACUCACCCAUCAUCCAACCUCCUCACCCCAUCCAACCUCACCCCAUCCAACCCCUCCUCACCCCAUCCAACCUCACCCCAUCCAACCUCACCCCCAUCCAACCCAUCCAACCUCUCCUCACCCCAUCCAACCUCACCCCAUCCAACCUCCCCCAAUCCAACUUCACCCAAUCCAAUCCAACCCUAUCCCUCCCAUUCAACCUCACCCCCAUCCAACAUCACUCCAUCCAACAUCAUCUCAAUCCCCAUCCAACUUCACCCCAUCCAACCUCACACCAUCCAACCUUACCCUAUCAUCCAACCCCAUCCCAUCCAACCUCACCUCCCCUCAUCUCACCCAAUCCAACUCACCCCAAUCCAACUCACACCAUCUUACCUCAUCCAACAUCAUCUCUUCCAAUCCCAUCCAACCUCAUCUCAUCCAGGAGCAUCACAGAACACGGGGCAAAGAGAGACAGGAAGAGACGAGGGAGAAGGUAUGAGACAGGGGGAGGAAGAUUGAACGAGGAGAAAGUGAAGCAGAAAGAGGGAAAGAAAGAGAGGGAAAUAAGUAUAGAGGGAAAGAAAGAGAGGGAAAUAAGUAUAGAGGGAAAGAAAGAGAGGGAAAUAAGUAUAGAGGGGAAAGAGAGGGAAAUAAGUAUAGAGGGAAAAAGAAAGAAUAAAUAA